CCAGCGUAAAAGAUAAUAAAGGAAAGCAUAAGGAGCUGAUAGAACUUACCAUAACUUCUGAAUCAUCUCAAAAAUCUGCACACAAUCCAUCCAAUCAUCCUUCAUUAAACGAAGAAAUGAUAAAUAUUGACAUUCCUGAAUAUAUUUUAUCUCCAACUCCAGUUUCACAAGAUCAAGCGUCAGAAGAUGCUCAACUUUCAGUAUCACAAGAUCAAGC